AUGGAUCCGUUGACUAGGUCAAGAAGGGGUGUGGCGUGUAAGGAAAACGACGGGGCCAGUGCGGUCCAUGAUCCAGACUACCAAGCAGCCUUGAGUCAGGCCGAAACCCCCGGGGUUUCGGGCGCUGGGAUCAGUGGGGUCCCGACGAGUGGCGCGUUCCAUGGGGAAGCGUCCCCUGGAACGUUGGAGCAAGGAGGAGUAAAGGGCUCCCAGUUGCCCCAAGCGAAUCCAUUCCAUAGCGAAAGGGUUAAGGCAGAGGUGGAGCUUCUACGACAUCGUCCCCCUACACUUGAUAAGGACGGCCUUAGAUUAAGUGUGGAAUACGACGAGGCGGCUUUGGGUGACACUCAAGGUGGUUUUCUGCAAGAACCAGACUAUGGGGCGACGAGGUUCAGCCCCACUGGAGAGCAGGGAGCACCGCGGGUUGCCAGGGUGGAAGCGCUCUCCGAGGAUGCCGGACGAUCGACAGGAGUUGGUGACUCCCCUCCACGCUUGAUCCAAUCGGAUUUGGGUUGGCAGAUUGAAGGCAACAAGGGAAAGCAAGAAGUACCAGGAGGGAAUCCUAGCAUGGGUACUCCUGGAGAACUCUUGACGGGACGUGAAGCGGAAGUACCGAAGGAGGAUCCGAGGGAGCUCAUCCCGGCUGAUGAAGGUCAGACGGGAAGAAUGGCUUCCAUGGAACACUUGUUGACGCAGUUCAUGGAGGAGAACCGGAGCCUCAAGCGACGUUUAGAGGCCAUGGAAAGGGAAUCUCAUUCUCAGACCAGUUGGCAUAGCGGCCAAGGGGUUAUGGAAACCUUCUCGCCGGCCACGUUUGGUGAGCGGGUAGGGCAUGGUGUACAGCAGUUUGUGGUCCCAGAUUUCCCGGGUCAUGAAGCGUUGGGGCUAGCAGGGGCGGGGUUGGUAGGUGUUACAGGUGGUUGGCCAGGAAGCUUUCCAGGGGAUCCGCACUCUUGGAGAGGAGGUAGGCCUGGAGAUCCGGUAGGAACCGGAGUAGAGGGAUCUCAGACUAUGCGCCAGUUUGCUGAGGAGGCUAGGCUAGUCGGCCUGAGGAUUGUCGGCCACGUCGGACAUCUGGUUUGGGGCUGUGGAAAGGGCGAUAUCGUGGUUAAUCGGUGGUUGACGACGUCGGCCAUCCUGUUUAGAGUCCUAUGCAGUGAGAAUUCUCCGGAGAUGGCAGCAGAGCUUACAGAGAGCUUCGGAGGUUGGAGCAGCGUUGCCAGACGCGCGCUUCAUUUUGAGUCGGAGUUGGACGUAUCGUGGAUACGAAGUGCAUUGACGAAUGCCUCGGAUCCAAAUUACUGCUUGAUUGACAGCGGGGCCACAAAUGCUAGAUCCCUCCUGGAAGCUAUUGAGAAGGGCGGCUUUGGGUACGACCUGGGCAAGUAUGGAUGGGUUGGGAACCUGCUUAGUCUGGUGCAACGGGCGUGGGUCAUGUGGAAGUGGGAGCAAGGUGGGUACGGGCAGGAAUCCCGGGAAGGUGGCGAUGAAGGGGAUUACGAGCCGUCAGAUGAAGAGGUUCUUGUUUGUACUGAAGGAAAGGAUGGCAAGGCCGGAGGGCUUCAGGAUUUGGCGGGCGCGGAGCUGGAAUCCAUAGAGGUACUGAUUCGGACACUUGGCGAGUUUACUGGCGGUGGCCUUUGGAUUGAGGAUGCCUCAGGCCCUGACCGGUGGGCGAUAUCAGCCUACAUUCCUCGGGAGUGUGAUUCCAUUACUGCUGAGCAGUGCGGGAUUUUACGAGACUUAGGCUUUCCUGUAGAUGAGGCUUUGGGCCGGUUUGGGGCUCAGGGUAUUGUGGGGAGGUCUUUGGUCUCCGGGGAAGAGGUAGGUGGUUCUAUGACCGAGUGUGCCGGGGAAUGGGUAGUAGGAUUGCCGGUGCCUUUCAUCGAUGAGAGAAGUCGAGAGGGAUGGGAUUGCUGGCAUAAGUCGACAGCUACACUGUGUAGGCUGCUUGUAGAAGACAUUGGAGACAUUGUAGAUGAUCCUGAGGGGGUCCUCGGGCUAGCUGCCCAGCUAGCGUGCGCUGAGAAGACCCGUGAGUGGCUGGAGCAGUGCUUAGUUGAAGAUCAUGCGUUUGCCCUCGUACGGACUUUGCAGGUCGAGGUUCCUCUGACUCCUGUUGAAGGGGCCGGAGAUCAGUUCCUGCAAACACGAACCGUAGGGUUGGUAGAAGCUAGACGGGAGUUAGAUAAAUGGAAGGAUCCCGCGCAAGAGGAGGUCACUAGUCUUGAGUCAACUAACCGAGCUGUAGAGAGGGUUAAGGUUGGUGAAGUGGAUAGGCGAUGCAGAGCGGUCUGCUGUGGAAACUACCUUCCUACUGACAAACUGGGUUUGACGCGUAAUGAGCUUUAUGCUUCCGGCGCAGAGGCGUUGUCCGUGAAGGUUGCCUUGAUUUUCGCAGCUCUACACCCCCAUUGGGUGGGGGUUACCAUAGACGUUAAGUCGGCGUUUCUAUAUGCCCCCAUUCGCAGUGAUGAUGCAGAGGAGCGGAUCAUUGUGAAACCGCCGAGUUUUCUUACGGAGCUGGGAAUCCUCUCUCGAGAGGAUCGAUGGUGGAUUCGAAAGGCUUUGUAUGGGCUUCCGACCAGUCCUCGAGACUGGGGGCGGUAUCGAGACGGCGAAUUUUGUAAAUUGGAAAUCAGAUGGGAGCAGCGAGUUUUUCAUUUGGUACAAACACAUAGCGAUGACGCUUUAUGGCUGGUGAGACCCUUCAAGGAGGGGAAGCUUGGCGACACCGAGGGGAUUUUGAUUGUGUAUGUGGAUGAUCUUGCCUUUUUAGGUCCUAAGGGACUUUGUCAAGCCUUUAUCGAGGCGGUACAGGCCAAGUGGAAGACUUCUGAGCCAGACUGGCUGGGAGCUGAUCCAGUAACGUUUUGCGGUAUCGAGUUAACGUUGGGUGGCCAAGGCUAUCGAUUGACGCAGCGGGCAUACGUGCAGGAACUCUUGAAUCGAUAUCACAUCGUGAAUGAGUCGUCUGUGCCUCUUAACAAAUGGGUGGAACCAGAUGGGCAGGAUGUGGUCACAGCGGAGCAGGUGAAGGAAGCGCAGGCGAUUACUGGAGCGUUGUUGUGGUUGUCUACGCGCACCAGACCGGACUUGGCCUACGUGGUUUCACGAUGCGGGCAGCAAGCUACUAAAUGUCCAGAGUUGUCAAUCAGCAUGGGUAAACAGGCCCUGGCGUACCUAAAGUCUACUAUCGAUAUGGGCAUUGAUGUGCCGUUUUCGGUAGGAAACUUCUUUUCGGAGCAUGGGUUAUUGGCUCUUCCUAGGACAGAGAAAGUAAUCGAGCUGUAUACUGAUGCCUCUCAUAGUCCGGGCGGUGAAAGAAGCAUGCAAGCUAUUUUCAUUGUCUGGCGUGGAGUGCCGGUUGCGUGGGAAGUUACGAGACAACCGUUUACCACUCUCAGUUCAGCGGAAUCAGAGCUAGUUUGUAUGACGCAUGGUAUCCAAUUGGCGGAGGCUGUUCAGCCCUUGGUAGACGAGUUGGUUGAGGAUGAUGCGGGCCCUAGCGGGCCGCGAGAGGAUUGCCGCGCAUCUCCUGAGAGUCUGGCGUUGUUGGCCGUGCUACCCCGGGUGAAGGGCCAACCGCUUGAGGAUCGACUGGAGACUAGUUUAGCCUGGGUAGCUUGGGUGUUGUCUGUAGUAAUUGCGGUAGUGUUGAUGGUUUGGGGUUGGUUUUGGGUUGCAGGGCCUGUAGAUUCGGGGUCGGACUUGGAUUGCGCUGUGGGAAAUUCUGGUAAUUGUGAAGAGGAGCUGGGGCUGGAGGCUCUGUCUCCUUCUUGUCAAGAGGAGUUUCCUGCAGAGAGUCCUGUCAAUGAUAUCUCUUUGGCUGCUGGUGAAUCUGCCCCUUUGGGUGAAAAUGAGGGUUUGUUGCCUGAGCCGGCGGCGGAGGAAGCGGUAGCAGCUGAGGAGAAUGAUGAAUUUACGGAAGAAGAAUGGAGGGUUGUCAAUGCUAAGUUUGUAAAGACGGAGCUAGAGACGGGUCUUACUUUUAUCCAGCGGUGUCGGAUUAGGAAGGCCGUGGCGCGGGGAGAUGUUGUAGAUCCUCCAGUGUUUCAGCAAAGGUAUGGACCCCUUCCGUCUUGGUUAGGAGGGAUUGAAGGCCCAGACGAGGAAGAACCGGAGGGGACUUCCCCUUCGCAAGGAGUGUUUGCGGCAGCAGAAGCGUUGUGUGCUUCAUUGGAGCAACAAGCUGAGGUAUUUGCGAGCCUGCUAGGCUGUGAUGCGAGGGAGUGGCUGUGUGUAGGAAGCCUUGCAGUACUUUUUUUCCGAAGCACCAGGGUUCAGAGGCUUCGUAGGCUCAGGGAUCUGGGUGAUUCGAGGUUGGUUUCCGGGCUAGGUGGUUCUUCGGCAGUCUUCCGGUUUGCGCAAGGAGGGCAAGGGUUCCGUUGGCAUCCGGUGUCUUAUGGGGCCGCUGUUGGGGGAAGUUCAGAAUCUCAGAUUCCCUGGGACUCGCAGACACAGAUUGGGGGGAGUUCAGAAACUCAGAUUCCAUGGGACUCGCAGACACAGAUUGGGGGGAGUUCAGAAGCUCAGAUUCCAUGGGACUCGCAGACACAGAUUGGGGGGAGUUCAGAAGCUCAGAUUCCAUGGGAUCCGCAGUCGCAGGUUGGGGAAGGUUCAGGUUCAGGGAUAGAAGGAAGUAGGGACUUAGACCGUCGACGAGCUCCAAGACCCUCAGUUCAGUUUGGUGGCAGCGCCAGUAGUACCGAUCCGUGCCCGGUAGGGGCUUUAGGUGGUGGAAGCUCGGGUAGCCAUGGGAUGAGUUCGAAUCAGGAUGCUUGGGGACUUUGUUAUGAGGAUUCCUUUGGUGAGGAUCCAGUAGAAGGCUUUCCUAUUGUAGGGACAUGGCUUCGGGUUCAUUUCCUAGUCAGCUUGUUCUCUCAGGAAGGUGAGCGAAUUCUUGAAGGGCUAGGUCAAAGGUCUGUGAGCUGGCUGCGCUUGAGAGCCGUGUCCAAUGCUAUUCGGUAUGCUCUAGCUGGAGCGAUCGUAGAUGGGUUGCGCCGAGGACCCUAUGCGGUCAUGUUUUCCAGUCCUCAAUGGUUCUCUGCGGUGGAAGAGUUCGUUUUGACAGGGUAUCCAUUAGAGGGAGAGGCCAUUGGGGAAGAGAAUGUGCCUGCAGCGGAUGAGGAAGACGUCAGUGUACUAGGCUUUCCAUAUGUAGAGUGGGCACCUACGGUAGUGGUACACUUUCUUUGGAGACUGUUUGCCUUGGACGGUAGCAGGCUAUUAGCCUUCCUUGGGAACCGGGUUGUGGAGUGGUGUUACCUUCGCUCUGCGGCCAGAGGGUUCCGCAGCCAUGUGCUCUACGCAUUGAUAGGGUGGCUUCGGGAUACCGGGAUUCAGAGGGUUGCCGACGGGUAUCUUUCGAUCGAGGCGGCAGAGUCAUAUUUACAACAUGGGGUCAGGGUAUAUCCAUUUGAGGAGAUAGAAGAGGAUGUGGAGCUGGACGAGAGGCCGAUUCGGAGGGAAGGGCCAGUGGCCCCAGUGCUCCGGCUGGUGCCAAUAGUCCAGGAACUAGAUGGGGCCUCGGAGUCUGAAGAGAGUGACCAAUCUACAACCGAACCCUCAGUAGACUCAGUGAGCAGCCCGGAUGGUGGUAGCGAGCUAGGACAAACUGUGGCCCUGAGUGAAGACGUAGCAACCGAGGGAAUUGCCCCAGUAGCUCUAGGCCCCGCUUAUGAAGCCCGGGAUGCUGAGCUGGUGUGCACAUAUGGGGAUGAUUCGGUAGUGGUUCCUUUGCCGGGGUGGAGUCUGGCUGAUGUAGAGACCAUAGUUCAGGGGUUGAGGACUGGUGACUGGUCGGAUUUUCAGGAGAUGAUUUCCAGGGGAGAUGUAAGGUUCAGGGAGGGAACCAGGGCCGUUAGCGUUGGAGUUAUUUGGAGACCAAGGCGAGUUGUGGUACUAGUGGUUCUGUUGAUUCUUUGUGUUCUUUGGAAGUCUUUGAAGGUGGUAGAGGCAGUUAAGGUCGACCCCAAGGCUCAGCUCCGUGAAGAAGAUCUAACCUGUUCUGAUAGCCUCGGUAGGGAACUGCAGUUAACCUCCCGAACCCUGGAUGUGGAUCUUUCUGAGGAAGAAUGGGUUACUGGAUGCGAUGGUUCAGUUUUGUGGAAAGCAUUGAAGGCCGUGUUGCUUGUAGUGACCUGGGAAGUCGUUCGGCGUUUCGUCAGCUGGGCUUUUAAACCUUCCAGACUCGAGUCCUCGAGUCAAACGGAGUCUGGAACCGUUCUCCAGCUACCUUUAGGGGACGAGGUCCGAUGCCGGGGACGAAUUCUGUUUUGUCUCUGGCAAGCUGGGAUCAAGAUUGACGUGGAGCAGUACCCGGAGGGGAUUCAGUCUGAGUUUUUUGGCUUGGUAGGUGAUUAUUUGACUAGGGUCGAAGAGGGGAUUGCCUUUGAUACUGACUCAGAUUGA